AUGCCGUUGAUAAUUCCGACUAGACAAACAUAUCUUGAACCAGUGAUCAAGUACACUUGCACAUUGUUAUUUUUGAUCAUCUGUGGCCAAGUGUUUUUCAAAACCAAAGAGCUAGUCGCUCAACCAUUUGUUGAUGAGAUUUUCCACUUACGUCAAUGUCAAACUUAUUGUGCUUCUAGAUUCGACAAAUGGGAUAAUAAAAUCACAACGCCACCAGGGUUAUACUUAUUGGGACUUGUAUAUGCAAAAUCGUUAGAAGCGGUGACUGGCGUGUAUGAUUUGUGCCGAGACUAUAAUGUUCUACGAUCAUUGAAUUUAUUAGGUGGAAUCAUUGUAUUACCAAUUGUACUUCGAAACUUCAAAAGAUCAAACACGAGACAGUACUGGACAGUGAAUAUCAUAUCCCAACCGUUGUUGUUUACCUAUUACUUUUUAUUCUAUACUGAUGUAUGGUCAACAAUUUUGGUGGUGAUGUCACUCAGCUUGAUCAAUACGAGAGCUCACCAAUGGCCAAUUUUAAGCUCAAUAAUUGGAUUCGCAAGCUUAUGGAUGAGACAAACAAACAUUGCUUGGGUAGCUUUCAUUGCUGUUGUUUAUAUCGACAGACAGAUUUACAGAGUCCAAUCAAUUUUCGAUAGAGUCCAAUCGUUCAUUGGGAGAAGUUUGAAAAAUUGGUCUGCCUUAUCGGGUUACGCGGUCAAUUUUAUCUUGUUUACUGCAUUUUUGAAAUACAACGGAGGGAUCACAUUUGGAGAUAAGGAGAACCAUCAGAUUCAGUUACAUUUGGUUCAAGUGUUUUACUGUUUCACCUUUAUCAAUUUUUUUACAUGGCCCGUGUGGUUGAAUCGUUCAACGAUGUCAAAGUAUAUCAAUUUUCUUAUCGGAAACCAUGGAGUAAACAUCAUUUUCAAUAUGGCUGCCUUUGCUGGGAUAAAGUACAUAAUUGACAAUUACACCAUUGUCCAUCCUUUCCUACUUGCAGACAACAGACAUUACACUUUUUACAUUUUCAAAAGAUUACUCAGUCACAAGUAUAGCAGUGUGAUGGCAAUCCCUGUUUAUCAUUUCGCUUCAUACAAUAUCGUUGUAUCGUUAGCAAAAUCCAGAAAACUCAACCUAUCGCCUAUUGGUAUUCUAGCAUUCAUUGGAGCCAUAGUCUUGACUAUUGUGCCCUCACCAUUAUUCGAACCAAGGUAUUACAUCAUCCCAUUAGUGGUAUUUAGGUUGUACAUUGCCCCAAAUUAUCCUCUUGCCAACUUGCUUGAAUUCAUGUGGUUAAAUUUGAUCAACUUGAUUACCCUGUAUAUAUUUUUCACACACCAAUUCACUUGGGUAAGUGAACCUGGGGUAAUUCAGAGAAUUAUUUGGUGA